UUCAAGCAAUGUUUGCCGUUCAUGCGCUCACCUUUCGCUGCCACAGUUUGUCAUGAGGCCAAAGAGGCCAACGGUCUGCCCUGGUUGGAACGUUUCAACGAGACAAAAAUCAGCAAAACAAACAACUUAAUCCCCACGCGUUAUGUGGCACUUUCAUCUACAGGUGCAGCAGAGAAGGAACAGCUGAGGAACAACAAUGGUGACCAACAAGUGCUAACAUGGCCGUUCCCAACACGUAUGGGGUGAUCUUUGCUUGUGUCUGCGGAGUGAUCCUGGGCAUUGGUUUCUGUGCCAACCUGCUGGCUUUCUCCUUGUUUGCCAAGAAAAACACACUGCGUAAGAAUCGCCUGGACAUCCUUCUUCUCAGCAUGACCCUGGCUGAUUUCCUAACCCUCCUCCUCAUCCCCUUCACUCUGCACUCCGCUGUAAGUCACUCUUGGCCUCUGGGCGACAUCUCUUGCAAGGUCUACCAGUUCCUGCUGGCGUUCAGCCUGGCGGCGAGCACGUACUCUCUGUGCGCCGUUUCCAUGACUCGAGCCAUGAUCAUCACCAACCCGUACCAGCCUCCCACCAUGGACCUGGUCAUCCUCAUGUUUGUCUUGGUCUGGGCCCUGAGUUUCUUCAUCAGCCUGCCUCUGCGAAUGUUUGCCACCAAGGAAAGUCUGAACCCGAGCCUGGCAAACUUCAGCUUCUGUCUUCCAACCAUUCAUGAGCACCACUACCAAGUGGUCAUAAGCCAGUUCGUGCUUUAUUACUUUAUUCCAAUGCUGGUCAUCGCCUUCAACUACGUUCGCCUGGCACUCUUUCUCCACAAGAGCCCCGUAAUGUCGGUGUCCAGUGCCAGGAACACCCGUAGAGCCUCUGUCUUGGUGUUUUUGGCUGCUGCUACUUUCUCCGUAUGCUGGCUGCCUGGAUAUGUGCUGGAGCUGUGCGUGUACCUGGGACUGUACCGCCACGGACGGGCUUGGGAGACGUUUUACUUCAUUUGCACCAUGCUGCAGUACCUGCACCCCUGCAUCAACCCGGUGCUCUAUGUGCUGCUGUCCAAACGCUACCACCACAGGAGGGCAGCCUGGCUCUUCAGCUGCAGCAGGAACAGAGUGCAGCCGCAGGUCACCAGCGUCACCACGGACAGCUUCUGAUGGCAGACACGUGUCGCACCAUGGUUAUGCUCAUGUUCGUGUUUUCUGUUUUGUAAUACAGUUUCAGAAACUGCUAUUAUUAUCCAAAAAAAAAAAAAAAAAAGUCAACAACGAGAGGUUGGUUUGAAGACUGGAUGUGGUGCAAAAAAUCUUUAGCAAUGAUCAGCCUCCUAAAGUUUUUGAUUUGAAGCAUUGCGUAAAGAUAUACACACUUAGAAGGACAAUGAUGGACAUCGAGUUACAUUUGUUUCACAUCAGAAGACUUCUCAUAUCUCUUUAGUAAAUGUUGUUCCGUUUCGCGUUUUUUAAAUCAUGCUGUUCCCUGAGUUUUCACAACAACAUGGCAUGCAUUAUGAUGCCUUGCUCUUAUUUUCUGAAUCAGCUCUUAUUGCUGAAUCUUACGAUGUCAAUGACAGGGAAAAUAUAUCGCUGGUUCCUUUUAUAGGCACCCCUCAAAUAUGUGUAAAAAAUGUUAGUCUUUUAUUAGAGUGGCAUAAUUUGAUACUAUUGCCAAUACUUUGCAUUUCUCCCUUUUGUCAACAGGACAGCACUCAGCCUUCUGCUUUAACAUUUCACAAUAAUUCUUCUCACAGUACUUCAGAGUCCUUAGUCCUCUCCUGCACGCUCUUCUCUUCAGCUAAAUAUGCAGGUCUUUUUUUUAUAUUCAGGUCUUUGUUUAGUGUCCGGUGAACCAAGUCUGUGCUUUAGAGCAUUAUUCUGUUAAAAGAACCCAGUUGUGACCCAUUUUCAGGUUUCUUUCACCAAAUUUUUGUUUAAAACUGUUCUGGUAUUUCUAAAUGUUCAUGAUGCAACACACUCUAGCAAAUUUCCCAGGACCUUUGCCUGAGAAACAGGCCCGCAGCAUCACAGGCCCUCCACCAUACUUGACUGAGAAUAUGAGGUAUUUUUCUAGCUAUCCAUCCUGUGUUUCACACCAACCCGGCCUGCAGGUUUAGUUGCUGAAAAUAAUCUGUCUUGUCUCAACAAAGAGCAUGGAGCCUGUAAAAGUGCUAGUAGAAUUUAGCAAACUCUACAUGUUUAUGUUUGUGGUGGUAGGACAGAAAAAGGUUUUUACCUGACGUGCCUCCAAAACAAGAUAUGGAAAUAUUUACAUAUUUAUAACAGAAAGUUGU